CUCUCGCCAGCGAAUGGUCGCUUCCAACCGGGUGGCCAUGUUGCCGCUUAUAAUCGCGAGCGCAGGCGAAGCCAGAGGCUGCUUUUCAUGCGAGCGGGGAGGGCGCUCGGGAGGAGGGGCAGGGGCAGCAGCAGCAGCAGCCGCGUCAGGCGCCGGGGAAGAAGGCGAGCAGCAGCAGCAGCGGCCGGAGCCUCGUCGUCGUCGUCGCCCUCGCGCACCCCAGCAGCAGCAUGGCCGUGGCGGUGGGGAGACCCUCGAACGAUGAUCUCCGAAACCUGUCCCUGUCGGGCCACGUCGGUUUUGACAGCCUCCCCGAUCAGCUGGUCAACAAGUCAACCUCGCAGGGUUUCUGCUUCAACAUCCUUUGUGUCGGGGAAACUGGCAUUGGCAAAUCGACGCUCAUGGACACCCUGUUCAACACAAAGUUUGAAAGCGACCCGGCCACUCACAACGAGCCUGGCGUGCGGUUGAAAGCGAGGAGUUACGAACUUCAGGAGAGCAACGUCCGCCUGAAGCUGACGAUCGUUGACACGGUGGGAUUUGGAGACCAGAUCAACAAAGAUGACAGCUACAAGUCCAUUGUGGAAUACAUAGACGCCCAGUUCGAAGCCUACCUGCAGGAGGAGCUGAAGAUCAAGCGUUCCCUCUUUAAUUACCACGACACCAGGAUUCACGCUUGCUUAUAUUUCAUCGCACCUACCGGCCACUCGCUGAAAUCUCUCGAUCUGGUCACCAUGAAGAAGCUCGAUAGUAAGGUGAACAUCAUCCCCAUAAUCGCCAAAGCUGACACCAUUGCGAAAAACGAACUGCAUAAAUUCAAGAGCAAAAUCAUGAGCGAGCUGGUCAGCAACGGAGUCCAGAUCUAUCAGUUCCCGACGGAUGAAGAGACAGUGGCCGAGAUUAAUGCCACAAUGAGUGAAAAUAUGUCUGGCAAAGCAACUGAAGGCUCCCAUGGUCUUCCUGUGCCUCUUGCCUUGCAGGUCCACCUCCCGUUUGCUGUGGUUGGCAGCACCGAAGAAGUGAAGAUUGGCAAUAAGAUGGCCAAGGCCAGGCAAUACCCAUGGGGAGUCGUGCAAGUUGAAAAUGAAAACCACUGUGACUUUGUGAAGCUGCGUGAAAUGCUUAUAAGAGUGAACAUGGAAGACUUGAGGGAACAGACUCACAGCCGACAUUACGAGCUCUAUCGCCGCUGCAAGCUGGAAGAGAUGGGGUUCAAAGACACAGACCCCGACUGCAAACCAUUCAGUCUGCAAGAGACCUACGAAGCCAAGAGGAAUGAGUUCCUGGGUGAGCUCCAGAAGAAGGAGGAGGAAAUGAGGCAAAUGUUCGUCAUGCGGGUAAAGGAAAAAGAAGCCGAGUUGAAAGAAGCAGAAAAGGAUCUUCACGAGAAGUUUGACCACCUAAAGCGGACUCACCAGGAAGAGAAGAAGAAAGUGGACGACAAGAAGAAGGAGCUGGAGGAGGAGCUGGGCAACUUCCAGAAGAAGAAAGCGGCAGCCCAGCUGCUACAGUCACAAGGGCAACAGGCUGGCUCUCAACAAACCAAGAAAGACAAGGACAAAAAAAAUUCAAGCUUCACAUAAAGCCUGGCAAGUCAAAGGAUGUUCCUGCAUUCACCUGCUUUUGCAGUAAUGAGUUUCAGCCAUCUUUGGUUUUCUCUCUCUCUCUCUCUUCCCUUUAAAACACAAAUCCUUACUAUAUUGAUAAUACUGUGGUGGUUUGGGUGUUGGAGCAAGGGCUACCUGGCCUUGGGCUUUACUGGGGAUAUUCCUUUUUCCUCUGAAGAACAGAAACUGUAAAAUUGAUUGGAAUGGGAGCUGGAACUAGAUUGUAACAAUUUUAAACUUGGGUCUUGUUCAUUGCACUUGGGUCCACCUUUUGGCCAUUGUCCUCUUGAGAUCCUCUUGAGGUGUCUGAAACUUGGAUUGCUUUUGUACAACGGGCUUACGCUUCUUCUUUUUUUCCAUUUUGAAUGGC